UGCCAUCUAUAAAAAUUGUUAGCUUAACUGAUGUGGUAACUACGAGUGAGAGAUGGGUGUUUCUUUGCUGGCUAUGUAUGAAACUCUACACUGGACAGAAAGAAAACUGUUUUUUCCUGUCAAGGGUACUGAAGGAUAUGGUAUCUUUAGCCAGCGUGCUAACAGAUUUUGUGACACUUUAUGUGCAUUUGAAUUUUUCAGAAAUUAUACACAAGGUCGGACACCUGCCUCCACGUGAUACGUAAUGGGGAAAAAUGUAGGUUCGAGAAGAAGAAAGUCUGUCACUGCCUGACCCAGUAUGGCAUCAGAUGGCCGUCACUGUGCCUGCUGUGCACACAGUAUGGCAACACCCAGCGCCCACCAAACUCUGGAUGAGAUGGAAUUUGAGAGAGGUAUCUGGUCUGCUGCUUUGGAUGGAGACCUAAAAAGGGUGAAAUCUUUUCUCCAAAAGGGUACUGACCCUAAUUUGAGGGACCAGGCGGGAUACACUGCUUUGCACUAUGCCAGCCGUAGUGGGAAUGAGGAGGUGUGCAGACUUCUGCUUGAUGGGGGAGCAUGUGCCAAUCCGCAAACCCGGGGUGGGGCUACCCCUCUGCACCGCUCCGCCUAUUGUGGGCAUGUGGGCGUGGUCAGACUCCUGAUGGACCGGGGGGCGGAUCCCGUGUUAUGUGAUGACGAUGGCUCCUCCCCAUUGCAUAAAGCUGCUGAGCAGGGCCAUGAAGAGGUGUGUGACCUCCUACUGCAACGAUGCCCUGCCCUCAGGACCCUGACAGAUAAGAGGUCCCGUGCUCCUUACCAGAUGGCCCGGGAUAAUGGCCCUCUGCAUGAGAUGCUGAAACCGCCUGAGGACACACAGACAGUCCAGCCUUGUUAGACACCACAUACCUCUGUCACCACUGCACUGGACCCUCCCGUCACCUCAGCUGGAUGCAGUUGACCCUGUACAGACCAGUACAAGAGUGACAUUGAACCUGAGCUCAUGCAAUCCAAAGUAGAUGGAAGAAGUUACAUAUGCUUUCAGAAAUAUGCCUCUGACAUAAACUGAAUGUGACCUGAGGAGGGAUGAGCACACAAAUCAACUUGCACAGCCUGGUUUUAAAGACGGUAGGCUGACAUAAAUAGAUUGCCUAUGACUGUUUUAAACAGAACUUGAAUAAUAUUCAGACUAAAUGGUCACAAAGGGCGGCCUUUCCACAGUUGAGCAAUUGUUUUUUAUAACUGUUGUUUGUAUCAAAGUUGAUAAUGAUGUCACCAGACUUGCCAGAAAAACAUGGAGAGAAUUGUGCAUUAUUUGUGUGGUCAUUGUAGGACCAGCAGAGGGCAGCAGCUGCUCAGCUAUUUUAGGCUUUCCAGCUAGCAGCAUGCACUAAAAAAGCAGAUGCUGUGGUUGGCUCUCAACCUCUGAUAGGAACAUCAGUGCAGUGAAACAGCAGGCUUUACAAGCUCAGUUUGGAUGCAGAUAACUGGAGUAGCAGACUGCAAACUGUGUUUUGUCAGGAUAUGCUGCAGUGAUUGAUAGGCCUAGGGUGAACGUCUGUGAAAAAGAUUUACUGGAAAACUGAUGACCAGUCCAGAAAUAAAUUGGACAAGAGCUAAACACCAUUUUAAACUCCUGUUUUCCUGUACCUUUUUUGUGAAAAAGAAGCUCCUGCGUGGCAAUAGAGUUAGCAUUUGUCAGCUGGAUGAGUGUUGAAGGAAAGUUAAUUACUAAAGAACUAGGAACGUGCACUUCAACUGGAGUGAGUAGGGCGGUGACACUGUAAGAGAA